AUGGCUACAAGACAAAAUACAAAUCCAAAUGAUUCGAAAAAGAAACUUAAAGAUAAAGAUAAAAAUAAAAACUCAGAUAAAAAUUCAAAAAAAAAAGGAUAAUCAAAAUCAAUAGUUAAUUAGGAACAAGUCUUGAAUUUAAGAUAGAGUUUUGAAACUUUGGUAAAAAACAAGUAAUAGUUUACUAAAAUUAGAGAGGAUCUUGAAAAGAUAAUCUAAAAUUAAGAAUGUAAAAUAAAGGAUCUGAAAUUAAAUGAAAAAAAUUUAGUGGAAGAAUUGAAAAGACAAGGUGAUAUUGCAAGAGAAGCACUCAAUAAAUUAUAUUAAAAUUAAUAAGAGAAUAAUAUAGAAAGAGAAAAGUUAAGAAAAUAUUAUGAAGGUAUACAACCGUUAAUUUAAUAGAUUAUUAUAAAACAAAGGAAUAAGAAGUAAUUUAAAAAUAUGAAGGAUUGAUGCAGUAAUCGAAUAUAACAAUUUCUGAUUAUCAAAAAAAAAUAAAAGAUUUUACAUUAAAAGAAUAAUAUUACUAAGAAGAAAUUGAAUUAUUAAAGAAAGCAUAGAAAAAUAUUUAAACUCCUAGAGAGAGAGUAAAAUAAAAUAAAAUAUUUUUUAUUAGAUUUAUUAGUAAUAAUUGAAUGAAAUGGAAUAAAAACUUUAUUAAACAAAUAAAAAUAAUGAACAAUUAAAAUUGUUGUAAAAUGAAAAUUCUAAUUUGUAUAUGAAGAUUGGUCAAAUAGAAAAAUAAUUGUCAAUAAAAAAUGAAAAAGAAAAGACUUUAAAAGAAUAAUUUAGUAAACAAAUAAAAGAAUUGUAAUAAGAAAUAAAUGUAAUUAUUUUAAUUAAUUAAUGAUUCUUUAGUAUUGGAAGAGUGAAAUGGAUAAAGUGAUAAGAUAGAAUAAUGCUGUAAUUUCUAAAUUAACACCAUAAAAGUUAAGAUAUUGA